UCUACUUCUUCGUCCCAAGCCUUCAUCAUCUCUGGAGAUAGCGGUGCGGGGAAAACCGAAACCGCAAAGGUUCUCGUGGAAUACUUCACGUAUGGUUUAGAAAAAAGUUUUACAGUUACACAUUGUGUUGCAGGACGAGCAAGACAGACAAGCUCUGUCAUGCCGGAUACGCAUGGCAGCCUCGUUUCAUAGGUGUUUUCCCUUCGGAUUUCUGCAUUACAAGUUUUCUCUCUCAUGCAGAGAAAUUUGUGUUGCUAAAUUGACUACAAGUGUGUACUUGUAACAGUUUUUUCUUGCGAUAUCACGAGGGAGCGGAAUAUUAGUGCGAAAACUUCUAUUCCCGACUACCUCCAAGGGCAAGGGGGUGGACACCAGCCUUGUGCGGACGAUCAUGCUGGAAACAACUUGCAGCCUGUGGUCGGACACCAAAUCGUACAAAACCACAACAAAAAAUUACAAGCGGGGAACAUUUUACUGGAAGCGUUUGGAAACGCGACCACUUUAAGGAAUCGCAAUUCCAGCCGGUUUGGAAAAUUCUCGACUCUGCACUUCAACAAGCCCUAUGGGGAUUUCAAAACCGCGAAAAUUCAAACCUAUUUGCUGGAAUCCAGCCGGUAUGAAUUGCAAAAGUAUCGUACUAGCAGUAAUUGCAAUACAAAUUAGCUCAGCAUGACAAGUGGAAUUUCUCAUGCUGUUUUGCCUUGGGAUGGAGAUUUGUAAUGCAUGACUGCGAUUACUACGAGUGCGAUGCUUUUGCACAGGAUAGCCGGGUGUGCGGGUGGAACAGCGAGAUGGGGGAGCGCAGUUUAUCCAAGAAAAAAGCUGUGUAAGUGUAACUUUGUGUUGCAGACGUAUGUAAAACACUUAUCACCUGUCAUGCUAGACACAUGCAUCAGAGGUUCUUUUCGUACGUGUUUUCACUGAUACUAGCUCCGCAUGACAGGUUUUCUGUGUUCUGAAGAGCAAACUUGUGAUGCUAUUCCUCCAAGAAAGUUACACUUACACAGUUUCUUUCCUGCAUACAGUUUUCACGUGUUUUACUACUUGCUUUCGCGAAAUCAAGAUCAACAUAAAAGUCGGGAUAUGAAGAAAUCAAGCAUCGUCGAUAAAAACGAUAAUGAACAAGUCGAACCCGAAACGCUCCAAGACUGGAAAAUGUUUCGGGACUAUGAAAAAACCAGAAACAGUCCGCGAAGAGUCCAGAAACAGGAGGACAAGAUCGAUCAGAAGUUUUUUGAAGAAUAUGAAAUGCAAAAGCAUCGAACUCGUAUAAAUGCAUUACAAAUUUCCACAGCAUGAGAAAUGAAAUUUGUAAUGCGGAUUUACCUGAAGAAAAAUACUUGUAAUGCAUGACUGCAAUUACUACAAGUGCGAUAGUACUUUUGCAGUUCAUAAAGAAUUUGAGGAAGCGAUGAAGGUUUUGAACCUGGAAAAAGACUUUGAGACCAUGAAAGUCUGGGAUUUUUUGAAGGGAAUAGCGUUGCUGGGGGGUGUGGAAUUCGUCUCUAGUGGUGGCGGAGAUGAUGAUGAUGAUGAUGAGGCAGGCGACUCGUUUGAACAACAACACCGGAACAACAACGCAAGCAAAAGCAUCAACAAAACCAACGACAACAGCAUCGAGGUCCGCGCUGAUACGAAGAAACUCGGGAUUUCUGUGGCGGCGAAGUAUCUCGGGAUCUGCGGGAAAAAUCUGGAAAGAGCACUGAUCAGCCGGGAAAUGAGCAUCAGCGCUGGCAGGGGCUUUAAAAAGAAUGAAAACAGCACGUCGACGACCAAAGUUGUAGACCACCACGGUGAAACUGAAAGGAUCACCGUUUCCCGGUCCGCAACGCAAGCUUACCAGUGUCUCACCGCCCUGCGAAAAACGCUGUACAACAGACUUUUCACAUAUGUCAUCGUGGAAAAGUGCGUGAACGACAAACUCAUCCCGGACGAGAACAAAACAUCUUCAAGCGAACACCACAAGCCUGCUGCGGCGCGGUCUCGAAGUAGCAGCUGCGUGUCCUCGAAUUGUUCUAGUUUUAGCUGUGGGGAAGGGGACGAAGAUGAGGAAGAAGUAUUAGAUGAUCAUGAUGAUCAUUUCAACCGCAAAAUCAAAAACAACUACAUCACCAGCAAGAGUAAAUCUAAAUACAUCGGAAUUUUGGACAUCUACGGGUUUGAGCAGCUCGCGGAAAAUUCGCUAGAGCAGAUGUGCAUCAACCUGGCGAACGAACGGCUGCAGUCGUUA